AGAUAGUUAAGCACCAACUGCAAUUAGCACACUAGCUAGCUGAACUUUCCAUCGACGCAGGAAGGAGUAGCUAGCAGCGAGUCUACUCAAAAAAGCUAAGCAAGAAUGGUGGAGAAGCCGGCGAGCCAGGCCAACGCCGGGGGCGACGUGGAGGCGCGUAAGGAGAGGAAGGGGCUGUGGUCGCCGGAGGAGGACGAGCGGCUGUACACCCGGAUCACCAGGCACGGCGUGUCCACCUGGAGCUCCGUGGCGCAGCUCGCCGGGCUGCGGCGGAGCGGCAAGAGCUGCCGGCUGCGGUGGAUGAACUACCUCCGGCCAGACCUGAAGAAGGAGCCCAUCUCCAAGCGGGAGGAGGAGACCAUCAUCUCGCUCCAGAAGUCACUCGGCAACAGGUGGUCGGUGAUUGCCGGGAAGAUGCCGGGGAGGACGGACAACGAGAUCAAGAACUACUGGAACUCCCGCAUCAGGAAGCGUCAGAACAUCAGCGCCGGAGGCGGGAAGGGCGACGGCGAACUCGCAAAGCAGGGUGACCUUCCGGCCGCCGAUGACAAGGCCAACGUGCUAGCCGUGGCCGGAGGAAUGGAACCGGUCAGCAGCAUGGCCACCGGUGCGACGGCACCUCCUGUCCCGACACGGUUCCCAUUGUUCGCGUGCCAGCUAUUCGGCGGUGGCGGAGAAGCCACCGCAGUUGCAGCUGCAGGCACCACCGCCGAGUCAACAACCACUCACGAAAACAACGGCGCCGGCUCAGAGAGCGACGUCAGCGUGGGCAACGGCGGCCAGGAUGGUCGGGAAGGACAUUACUACUACUGCGCCGUCGAAGGCGACAUUGACAUGGUCCAUCUCAUGUCGUUCGACGACCUUCUCGAGUACCCGGCCGGCGGCGAUCUGCUCAUGGAUGCGUGGGAUCAAAACGGACUCUACUCCGCGAAUACGGGGAGCUCUGUUGAUUCAUUUGGUUGCUGAUUAUCCCGGCCGGCGUGCAAGAGGGGUUAGUUAUUGGAGUAAAUUUGUUUAAUUACAUUGUGUAUGCACGCCUAGGGCAGCUAGCUCCCCUCUUGUGCAAAAACCCAAUCUUUUGUUGAAUUGAUAUCAGUUGAUCGAGUGGUAAUUAAUUAAUGCCCGUUUAUUUUUGCUCCACAUGGUAAUUACUU